AUGAAUACAAUGGACAAUUUAUCGAACAUUACGGCUGAAUUCGAGGCCAUAGAUGUGGACCAUGAUGGUUACAUCACCAGACCGGAGUUGCAGAAGUACGUUGACAGACAUGAUAUGGACCCGGACACGGUGGAAAUGGCCAAAGAGACAACCGAGUUUGAGACUUCCCCCACAGAAGUGCUCGUGCCAGCAAUUACGUAA